CAGCAAUUCUGGUUCAAUCCCUUCCUAGUCCAAGAAUUGGAAAUGCAGACAACGCUCUACAAUGCCCUCAUACGAACCCACCAUAUCACAUCCCGCAAGAAGGUCUCCGCCCUGAAACGGGCCGCUGACACAUACAAUUGCUUCGUCCUUCUUCGCUCCGGCGGCUGUCCAGGAAUCAUGUACGUUGAGUCAAAGGAGAAAGACUCUGUUGAGUCGUGGGUGAAUACGGUGCGAAAUCUGCGGUAUAAAGACUUUCAACUUGUUACGCGGCCGGAUGUCAUGACGGAUGAGAAGGGCGGUUUGAAUGGUGAGCGAAUUGAGCCGCCGCGGUCUAAAAGGAAAACCGAGACAUCUAAAGCUGGACUGUCUGAAGUGGAGACUGUAAAGGAGUUUGGGGGCUUGAUGGAGCAGCGAGGUGUAUGGCAGUGGUGGAGGAAGGGAAUGGGGUACACGAGCUGAGGCUGUCAAUCGCGGCACCAUUGGCGUGCGUUAUCUAUUGACAGGCGAUGCUCGUUAGUCGCUUAUCAUCCUAUCAAGGGGGCACUUUUGGCCGCCUAUGAUUCACUGGUUGGAAACCCACGGAUUUAGGGCUUUAGAGGUCGCGAUGAAGUGUCGUGUGGCCUCAGGUAUGUGCUGGUGCCUGCAUUUGAUGUCAGCAACUUAUCUUAGCGACUAUUAAAAAGCUUCUGCUUUUGGAUUACCGUCUUCUUUAGCAACUGUUCAAAAUGCCUUCGCAAAACCUAGGGGU